AAGCGAGGUUGAUAAUAUUGAGUAUACUCAUAAGUCUAGUUGUUCCCUUGACAAUUACAUAGUAGGAACAAUCGCUCUGGGACUUUGUAUCUCAUAAUUACCUGCUCAUGCUAUGGCGGAAGCACUUACGCUGAUUGGCGGCCUUGCAGCUAUCAUGCAAUUGGCUGGUUCCGUAGUGAAAUUGACAAGAGACUUGCGUGUUUGUGUGCGCGCUAUACGCUCAGCGCCCAAGGAAAUCAGAUAUUUUAUACUUGAGACCUCCAUAUUUACUGACCAACUCUGUUAUUUCCAUGAGGUCGCGAAGGAAUCCGCAGCCGUCAUGAGUGAACAUUCUAAGGCUAAGCGAGCCGAAUUGGUACAAAAAAUCUUGAGGCAGUGUAAGUCUGUCAAGAGAGGGUUCGCUCGACUCGUGCAGCGCUUUAUCGACAUUAAUGGUGCCGAUACGGCGCUUUUAAAUACUUUCUGGGCACGAUUGCUGUGGCUCUGGAAACGGCCGGAUGUGCCAGAAUUACGCUUAAAUCUUCAAAGCGCAAUAGCUAAUGUCACAUUGCUAUGCAAUUUAUUCAUGUUCGAAGAAUUGAGGAGAAAGAACGUGGAUAGCGAAAAGCUUGAGAUGCUCCAACAACGGCUACGAAACUGGGUAGCGACAGCUAGGAAGUUGAGAUGCGAAUUGGCCGAGUAUAAGAAGCGCAAGUCGCCGUUAGGUGUGCCAGAAACAGCCCCGGAAGAUUCACAUGAUGUGAUCGCAGAGGAUAGCCGCCAAUUGGAACGAUAUGUUGUCCAUGCCAUCCGAUCGUAUACUCAGGGAGAAGCUCUUUCAACAAGCACAAGGUCUUCGCGUCGAGGACUCUCGGGCCAAAUAAUUCGGGGAACCCAAGAGACUACAGCUUUGUCAAAGCCAACAGUUACGGGAACUCGGGUAGAUGCUUAUGAAGACGGAGUUUUUAGAGAGUAUAUAAUACCUAAACGGUCCCCGAAUGAAAUGGUUGAGGAACGAAGCCCAUCAAGAGGCCAAGAAGAACAGCCGUCAAUAAUAGUGCCCAGUGAACAAGUUUCCGGAAGAACAGACGGUGAUACAGUGAAAGAUCGAGACCAGGGGGUGUUUUCGGAGAUUGGUGAAUGGCCAGCAGAGGUGGCUGACCCGAAUACGAGCUUAGAUGCCACUAUCGAAAAUGAGGCUUUUAACAAGGUCCCACAAGUGACCAGUCAAUCUCACAUCGAAGAGGAGCUACCGAGAGUGAGCGAACAAGACUCGGGACCCGAAGAGCCCGAGUUACCCAAGACGAGCCCUACCACUGAGCUGGAAGCCUCGGAAGCUAGCCAUGAUACCGGGAGUGAGGAGAGCCGUGGGCCAUAUAUUUCAAUGGCACCUUUUGGAGGGCCAAGGUCGAGAAAGCGACCACGACGACCAAGGCCACAGUCACCUAUCCCCUAA